GUCCAUCAAUCGCGUACUCUAACCUUCUGUGAUCGCAUGUCGAGUAAGGCUCGACAAAUUGUAAAAAUUCUAUUCGAUCGAAACAAUAUUCAUUAUUUGAAGAUCUCGUAUAAUAAAUGCAUAAGUGAAUUAAUCAUUUGUACAGUAUUAUAAGUAUGAACUCUGCUAAAGAUGACGAGGAUUUUUGGUACAGCAGUGAAAAACGAUCAUUCUGUUUUGAAAAUAACGAGGUGGACCAAUUGUUUGGAGUGUCAAAGACUGAUACGGAUAAACUAUGGGCUGGUAUUUCCAAUGCUUCAACAUCGGAGGCAGCAUUAAAAACUGCAGAUGAUUAUCAACCAUUGAAGCCUGUGCUGUCCGUUAUAUCGGAGAAAACACUUUCCUGCAUUCUGGCAAUGGAUAAAUUACAAAAUCUUCAAUCGGAAACAACAGGUAUGCAGUCAGAUAUAACUCUUAGAAAGAUUUUACUCGGUCAGCCAUAUUCACUAGAACAAUAUAAAUCGCUUGCCUCUAAAACUGGCUUAUUGGAUGCUGCUAUAACAAGUGGAGAUGGAAACGCAAUUUUGAUAAUUAUUCUAUAUCUUACAAAAACUCUUAAAAGAUCUUUGGUACAAAGAAUAUUAGCUGAAAAACCAGAUGCUGUACAUGUAUAUAUACGAUAUCUUUCAACGAGAUUACAGAUGAAUGAAAUUACCGAUAUUUUAACAAUGCUAGGACAAUCUAUGGAUGCUGCGAUGAAAACUUUACAUAUUAUUAUGAAAAAUACUCGAGAUCCUGAUAGACUGUUGAAUAAACUUCGAAAUAGUUAUAAAACACAAUUUUCAACGUUAACUGAUUGUAAUGAAGCUUCGUUUGUUCGUUCCUACAUAAAACUACUUGAAUGGCAAAUGGCAACAAAAAUAGAUGGCAAUGAACAAAUAGAAUUAAAUUCCUCCGUUCUCGAUUGUUUGCGACACGCGUGCAAAAGUCAUUGGAAUUUACAAGAAGGAUCUUUAAUGUCUCCUACAACAUUAUCUCAGCAACAUAAUAUAUCUCCUAGACAGUACCAGAAAGUUGCGUUAGAAGUUAGAGCAUCGGUCGGUGAAUGGGAUGACGUUGAUCGAUUACUUCUUACAAAGGGCUGGCUAGGAAGUAAAAAGUUGCAAAUUCAUCUACCCAUCGAAGAUGUAUUAAAAAUAUUGCACAAAAAUGACGCACCGUCCGAUAUUCUUGAAAGGUAUUUAAAAUUUAUUGACAAUACAGAAAGACGAUUAGAAUUGGCGAAACUCAUGCAUUGCUUUAGAAUAGCCAUUGAUAUUCUCGUACAGCAAGCAGAUCGUGCUGCGUUAAUAGAGUAUAAAACUAAAUUGCAACAACAAUCAGAGGAAUAUUUCUAUGCGGAAAGUGCAUUGCGUUUACCAUCAGUCAAAUGGAGAAAUUAAAAUUAAUUUUAUAGAUUGUAUUAUUUUUAAAUAUUUAUUAUGUAUAAAGAAUAAUAGUACAUU